AUGGAGCGGCGGCUGCUCCUCCGGAGACCCCUCGCCCUCCUCCCGCUGCUGCUGCUGCUGGGCGCCGCCAGGCAGGACUUGCAAGUAAUCGACCUCCUGACAGUGACGGAGUCUCGGCACAUGGCCAGCGUCGCCAGCAAGAUCCGGACGGAGCUCCUUUCCGUCAAUGACGUCUACCUGUUAUCCACCUUCCGCCUGCCCCCCAAGCAGGGCGGGGUGUUGUUCGGCCUGCACUACAAGAAGGACAAUUCUCGCUGGUUUGAGGCCUCAGUUGUCGGCAAGAGUAACAAAGUUCUCAUCCGAUACCUGCGGGCCGAUGGCAAGCUCCAUUCGCUGAAUCUGCAGAAUGCCAACUUGGCCGACGGUCGCAGCCACACGGCCCUCUUGCGGCUGAGCGGCUUUCGGGGAGGCACCGUGUCGGCCGAGCUGUACGUGGACUGCAAGCAGGUGGACUCCAAUGCGGGGCUGCCCCAGAUGGUGCCCAUAGAUCCGGACCAGGUGGAGGCGAUGGAGGUGCGAACAGGACAGAAAGCUUAUCUCCGCAUGCAGGGCUUCAUAGAGACCCUGAAGCUGAUUUUAGGAGGGUCCAUGAGCCGAGUAGGAACUCUGAGUGAGUGUCCCUUCCAGGGUGAUGAAUCCAUACAAAACACAGUAUCCAACGUGAUCAAUUCCCUCUUUGGUGAACAGACGAAGGCUUUAGUGAAACAGCUCACCCUCUUCAACCAGAUCCUGAUGGAACUUCAAGAGGACAUGAGGGAUCAGGUGAAGGAAAUGUCCUUGAUCCGGAACACUAUUAUGGAGUGCCAGGUGUGCGGCUUCCAUGAGCAUCGCUCCCGUUGCAAUCCAAACCCUUGCUUCAGCGGUGUGGAUUGCAUGGAGACGUACGAGUAUCCUGGCUACCGUUGCGGGCCUUGCCCUCCGGGCUUUGAAGGCAAUGGUACCUACUGUGCCGACAUCAACGAAUGCGCCUACAGCAACCCCUGUUUUCCGGGCUCCAAGUGUCUGAACACAGCCCCCGGCUUCCGCUGUGAACCGUGCCCCGCUGGCUUCAAGGGAAACCUCAUCUCUGGUGUAGGAGUCGACUAUGCCAAGGCCAGCAAGCAGGUUUGCACGGACAUCGAUGAAUGCAAUGAUGGGAACAACGGCGGGUGCGACCCCAACGCCAUCUGCACCAACACAGUGGGAUCCUACAAGUGUGGGCCCUGCAAAUCGGGCUUUGUCGGGAACCAGACGGGCAGCUGCACCCCACAGAAGACCUGCCAAAGCCCCACGAGCAACCCUUGCCACGUCAAUGGCUACUGCCUCUUUGAGCGCAACGGAGACGUUUCCUGUGCGUGCAACGUGGGCUGGGCUGGGAACGGGAACAUAUGUGGACGGGACACGGACAUUGACGGAUACCCAGAUGAGCCGCUGCCCUGCAUCGAUAACAACAAGCAUUGUGCGCAGGACAACUGCCGGUUUACGCCAAACUCGGGUCAAGAGGAUGCAGAUAAUGACGGCAUCGGGGACCAGUGUGAUGACGAUGCAGACGGCGAUGGGAUCAAGAAUGUAGAGGAUAACUGCCGUCUUUUCCCCAACAAAGACCAGCAGAAUUCAGACACCGACUCAUUCGGGGAUGCUUGCGACAACUGCCCCAACGUACCCAACAACGACCAGAAGGACACCGAUGGCAACGGGGAGGGGGACGCUUGCGACAAUGACAUUGAUGGGGACGGCAUCCCCAAUGGGCUAGACAAUUGCCCCAAAGUACCCAACCCACUGCAGACGGAUCGGGAUGAGGAUGGGGUGGGCGACGCUUGUGACAGCUGCCCCGAGAUGAGCAACCCUACUCAGACAGAUGCAGACAGUGACUUGGUGGGAGAUGUGUGUGAUACCAACCAGGACAGCGAUGGUGACGGCCAUCAGGACUCCAAAGACAACUGUGCAGAGAUCCCCAACAGCUCUCAGCUGGACUCGGACAACGAUGGGUUGGGGGAUGAGUGCGACAACGAUGACGACAAUGAUGGCAUCCCCGAUUACGUGCCCCCCGGCCCGGACAACUGUCGCCUUGUGGCCAACCCCAACCAGAAGGAUUCAGACAGCGACGGCAUAGGGGAUGCGUGCGAGGAGGACUUCGACAAUGACACGGUCGCUGACCCGAUGGACGUGUGCCCAGAAAGCUCCGAGGUGACGCUGACCGACUUCCGUGCCUAUCAGACGGUAAUCCUGGAUCCCGAAGGUGACGCCCAAAUCGACCCCAACUGGGUGGUUCUCAAUCAGGGCAUGGAGAUUGUGCAGACGAUGAACAGUGACCCAGGCUUGGCAGUAGGGUACACAGCAUUCAACGGGGUGGACUUCGCAGGCACCUUCCACGUGAACACCAUUACCGACGACGACUACGCGGGAUUCAUCUUUGCCUACCAAGACAGCGCCAGCUUUUAUGUGGUCAUGUGGAAGCAGACAGAGCAGGCGUACUGGCAGGGGUUGCCCUUUCGGGCCAUGGCCGAACCGGGCCUACAGCUGAAGGCGGUGAAGUCGAUCACGGGCCCUGGUGAAUACCUACGUAACGCUUUGUGGCACACGGGUCACACCCCUGACCACGUGCGGCUGCUCUGGAAGGACCCGCGCAACGUGGGCUGGAAGGACAAAACCUCUUAUCGUUGGCGGCUCUUGCACCGGCCUCAGGUGGGCUACAUCAGGGUGCUGCUGUACGAGGGACCCCAGCUGGUGGCCGACUCGGGCGUCAUCAUCGAUACGACGAUGCGAGGCGGCCGCUUGGGCGUGUUCUGCUUCUCCCAGGAAAACAUCAUAUGGUCGAACCUGCAGUACCGCUGCAACGACACCGUCCCCGAGGACUUCGAGCCGUUCCGCCGGAUGCUACUGGAAGAGCCGUGAAAGAAGAGCGCCAGGAGCUCUUCCUCGCCCGUGCUAGAUCAGGACAUCUCUUCCCAAAGACUCCUGGCAGCCCAUCCCAAAGCGGGCAUCAGU